AUGUUUAUCUUCUAUCUAUCUAUCUAUCUAUCUAUCUAUCUAUCUAUCUAUCUAUCUAUAACAGACAUUUUUUGUCUCUCUCUCUCUCUCUCUCUCUCUGCCUCUGAACAUAAUGUAUCCUCAGUCAUGUUUAUCAUGUUUAUCUAUCUAUCUAUCUAUCUAUCUAUCUAUCUAUCUAUAACAGACAUUCAUUUGUCUCUCUAUCCUCUCUCAUUUCUCUCUCUCAUCUGUAUCCUCAGUCAGUCCAUGUUUAUCUAUCUAUCUAUCUAUCUAUCUAUCUAUCUAUCUAUCUAUAACAUUCAUUUUCAGUCCAUGUUUAUCUAUCUAUCUAUCUAUCUAUCUAUCUAUCUAUCUAUAACAGACAUUCAUUUGUCUCUCUCCCUCUCUCUCUCUCUCUAUUUGCUAUCUCAGUCAAUGUUUAUCUAUCUAUCUAUCAUCUCAGUCUGUCUAUCUAUCCGUUGUCUCUCUAUCUCUCUCUCUCUGCCUCUCUCUAUCUAUCUCAUCUCCAUCUUUAUCUAUCUAUCUAUUAUCUAUCUUCCAUGUUUAUCUAUCUAUCUAUCUAUCUAUCUAUCUAUCUAUCUAUCUAUAUUCAGACAUUCAUUUGUCUCUCUCCUAGUUCUCUCUCUCUCUCUCUAUCCUAUCUAUCUAUCUAUCUAUCUCUAUAAUGUAUCCUCAGUCCUCUCUCUCUGCCAAGUGAACGUUUAUCUAUCUAUCUAUCUAUCUAUCUAUCUGUCUAUCUAUCUAUACAGAUUCAUUUUCAGUCCAUGUUUAUCUCUAUCUAUCUAUCUAUCUAUCUAUCUAUCUAUCUAUCUAUCUAUAACAGACAUUCAUUUGUCUCUCUCUCUCUCUCUCUGCCUCUCUCGUAAUGUAUCCUCAGUCAUUUGUCUCUCUAUCUAUCUAUCUAUCUAUCUAUCUAUCUCUAUCUAUAACAGACAUUCAUUUGUCUCUCUCCCUCUCUCUCUCUCUCUGCCCUAG